AUAUAUAAUCAGGUCCUUGUUCUUUUUAAUGUGAAUGUUAUAGAUAUGAACGGAGCAGUGAAAUUUAAAUGACCAAGUAGUUGCUCGUUCUAGCUACUUGGCACAAUUGACGAAAUGUUUAUUCCACGCCACUACGCUUUGAAAGGACAUUUUACACGGCUUCCUGUUGUAACAAAUUGCUGAAUAUUAAAAGAGAACAUUACAACCUGACUAUUCAUUUGCUAUUCCUGCCGUUUUUCUUCAAUACUGUUUGCUAAUAUCGAAUAUAUUGCCAGCGAGCUGUUUGUUACCAAUACAAUUUCUUAGCCAGCUCUGCAUGUCGAUUGGAUGCAACAUAAUUGGAGCUCAUUCCACAGUCGAGUGAUUCGGUAAAACUGAGACGGAUCUUCGUUUUCAAUUAUUGGAAUGGAGCAAAAUAGUUCAAAUUGUGUGUUCCCUGACUCGGGGACGUCGGCGGCCAAAGCUAGGGUUCUGCUGCUUACGUGGAAUGUUGGCAACUGUAGUGAGAGCACGAUGGACGAGCGAAUCCUCUUCCACGACGAAGAUUUCACCACUGCCCAGUCGGAGCAUAAUAAUGAAGCAGAAGAAGAAGAGGUCGGAGGACCUCAUCUGGUGUUCAUUGGACUGCAGGAGGUGGAUGCGAGUAUGCACAAUAACAUCGUACGCCACUGGGGCUACAGUGCCUGGUCCAUACGACUGAUGGAACAGAUGGCCGACCGAGGCCUCAUCAUGCUACACCACCAGACUUUCCCAGGUCUUCUGGCGCUGUUGUUUGUGAAAUACGAGUGGCUUCCACAUGUGAAUCUGGUGGAGGCGGACAACACGAAACUCAUGUUCGAGAGUCUGGUCGGAUCUAAAGGGGCAAUAGGAGUGAGGGCAAAAGUAGGAAAUGAGACCAUUUGUCUCAUCAACUCACACUUGCCCGCGCACCUGGCAGACCACCGCGAGAGGGAUAAGGCAUAUCUGACCAUCCUGGCCGACCAGUUCUACUCGAAGAGUGAGUCGACUGUGUUGAAUCACGACUUCGUCUUCUGGCUAGGAGACCUCAACUUCAGAAUAGAUGAGAUACCGAAUCUGGAGGUGAAGAGACUAGUGGAGGAGGGACAGCUGCAACAUCUACUCAAUCACGAUCAGCUGAACUUCUCCAUCGCCAGUGGCAGGUCCUUUUCGCCCUUCCAGGAAGGAGAAAUUUGUUUCCCGCCUACUUAUAAGUUCAAUGUGGGCACUCAGGACUACGACACGAGUGAGAAGAAGCGAAAGCCGGCGUGGUGUGAUCGCAUUCUGUGGAGGGACAAGCCCCAGCUACUCAUCAGGGGAGAGGGACCGGGAGUGCGCUGUCUCAAAUACAGCUCCAUUGCAAGCUGCUGUGCAAGUGACCACAAGCCAGUCUACGGUGUGUACGAAGUACUGCUGCAGAACUACAGAUUCGACACACCAUCGGUUGCACUGGAUUUACCCCUAGAGAGCAGCACUCCAGAGGAGAAAGGUGUGAAAGAGGUUCAUAUGAAGAAGAAUUCCAGUGUUAAGUUCCGGAUGAAUCAUCAGUAUGGGUUCGAGGAAAACACUGACUCGUAUGAUUGGGUGGGACUGUACAUUGAGAGGGCACUCAAGUUGAAAGACUACUGUGCCUACAAAUACGUUUCGAGUUCAGACUGGUCUAAAAACAGAGUGAAGUUUAGCCAGAAAGAGUUCAAGGAGUCCGAAAGAUACAGAAUCAUAUACCACAGUGCAAAACUGAAGGCCGCGGUUGGUGUCAGUUGUCUCUUCAAAGCAGUGCCACAGCAGUGACAAUGAUUAAAAGAAAAUACCUGCUACUAAAAUUCGUCGGCAGUUUUAAUCAGUUCAUCCCUUUCUAUGUUUUCUUAAAUUUGGACUAUAUAAUAAAUUAUUUUUCCCGUCACAAAUAAUAAAUCAGUUUUUAGUUAGUAUUUUAUUUGGUGAUUUUGAUAGCGUUAUUCAUUUUUUAAAUAGA